GCAUACUUGCUUCCAGCGGUCAAAAUUGGUCUUACAAAGCUUCUUUCCCCGUGGCUGGGGCGAUCUAUCCCACUGACUCAACGAUUGAGCCGCGCCAAAAUGUCUACCGAAGCCACUCCGCCGCAAGGCGUUGAGCCGACCUCCGCGCCCACUCCGCAAUCGCCGCGGGGGAAACUCCUGGGCAGACAAUUCUAUGAGAGCCUCGGGAGUCCGAAAUAUAUUCUUGCGCCCAUGGUGGACCGGUCAGAGUUCGCAUGGCGCAUGCUCACUCGAACAUUCAUGCCGCCGAAUGAACCAAAACCUAUACUUGCAUAUUCUCCAAUGUACCAUGCGCGCCUUUUUGGCGAACAAGAGCGUGUUCGGGCUAAGCAGUUCCAACCCACCCGCGAGGUCAUUGGCGACAAGAACAACAGCCUGUUUCUCGAUGGAAACCCGACCUUUGACCGACCACUUUUUGUACAGUUCUGCGCAAAUGAUCCAUCCGAGUUUCUGGAGGCUGCGCGUCAUGUGGCCCCGUACUGCGACGCAGUGGAUCUGAACCUCGGGUGUCCACAAGGAAUCGCGAAGAAGGGACACUACGGUGCCUUUCUCCAAGAAGACUGGGAUCUGAUCUACAAACUCAUCAACCGCCUUUAUAAUGAGCUGUCGGUGCCGAUCACGGCCAAGUUCCGCAUCCAGGAGAGCAAAGAAAAGACCUUGAAUUGGGAUUAUGUUCGCUAUCUGCGAGACAAUCUACCACCAGAGACUGUGAUUUUUGCCAAUGGUAACAUUCUGAACCAUGACGACCUCGAACGCUGUCUCGAAGCCACGGGAGCCGACGGGGUUAUGAGUGCCGAGGGGAACCUCUCGGACCCAACUAUCUUCAGCAAACCGCCGGCAGUCGGUACAAACGAGAGGGAAUACUGGAGGGGACGGGAUGGCAAAGGUGGAUACCGAAUCGACGCGAUCCUUCGAAGAUACCUCGACAUCAUCUAUAAAUACGUCCUUGAGCAGCCUAUCCCAGAAAGAAAGCCUCUCUUCCUGCCAUCGGAUCCGGUCGACGCGACAGAAGAAUCGAGCCCCGAGGAAACCGAGGGCAAUGGCAAGGAAGAAGGCCCGCCCAAGAAAAAGCAAAAACGCGACAAGACCAAGAGACCGAAUUCCCCCAGCCUCGGUGUCAUGCAGGGGCACCUCUUCCAGGUCCUUCGGCCCAUGGUUGCUAGCCACACCAACGUCCGCGACGCGCUUGCGAGGUCUCGCCCGGGGGAUAUGGCCGCGUUUGAGCACGUUCUGACCUUGGUCGAGCAGGCCGUCAAGUCCGGGCUGAAAGAAUACGAAACGACCCCCGAGAAGUUCGAGAAGCAUUCCGAUGAAAAUUUGACAGGGUCCAAAGCAAUAAUUGCCGAGUAUGGAAGGCCGUUUUGGAUCUGCCAACCGCAUGUCCGCCCUUUGCCUGAGGAGGCCGUGGAGAACGGUGCACUCCAAGCAAAGGGCAAGGCUGCGCCGAAGGAUGAGAAGCCCGAAGCCCAGAAAGACACGCAAGAUACCAAUACCCCUGCCUCUGAGAGGACCGGCACUCCUGCCGAUGGCAAGACCGACACCUCAGCCACUCUCACGCCGGAUCCUCUG